GGACCGGGAAAACUCUUUGGCCUUUUUCGUUAUUACAUUCUUUAUCACCAACAAAAACAACACGUCUCCUUUUUUAUUAUUAUGGAAGUCAACGACCCAAUUUGUAGUGUUCAAGGUUUAUACAAUUAUACUUCAACUGAUCCUGCUUCACUUUCUUUUGGUCAAGGUGAUAUUAUUCAUGUACUUGCAAAACUGGAAUCUGGCUGGUGGGACGGAUGGUGCAAUGGUCGAAGAGGUUGGUUUCCUAGCAAUUAUGUGGAAGAAAUAACUACAGAAAUGUAUUUAUCUACAGAACAAGAUAUUCAUUUGAAUCAUACUUCUUUGGUAAGUUAGAAUAAAAAGAAAAGGGAUUUCCUAUAGAGUAAGCAUGACAUACCUUUGAAUUAACUCCUUUUUUUUUUCUCUGUUUCUUUUUCUUUCCUUUCCCUCUUUUUUUUUUCCUUUUUCUUUUCUUUUGGUUUUGGUUUUGGAUAUA